UCUGUCUCUCCCGAGAUGGAUUUUGGCCCCACCGCCUUUGCCAUUGUCCACAGGGAGCUGCGGGACGGGACUCCCCGAGCCAACACAACCCAAGGCGCCCCAUUUGUUGUGCUCUUCCCAGCCACGCUUGCCCCCGGCUGGGGUGAACAGUGUAACACCGCGAUGCCGGAGCCGUAAAGAAAAUCCAAGAUCACAGCCUCACGCAAACUCUUGUUGAAGAGUUUGAUGCUGGCAAAAGCAAAGGAGGAGUGGGAGCAGGAGAUCGUGGACAAGCAAGCGGAGAAGGAAAGAUACUUGGCUGAGCGGGUCACACCGCUGCACACCAAUGGCCUUUCCUUGAGCCAGCUCCAGGACCUGUGCAGGGAGCUGCAUGAGAAGGUUGAAAUUGUGGAUGAAGAGAGAUACGACAUUGAAGCAAAAUGCAACCAUAACACUCGGGAGAUUAAGGAUCUGAAAAUCAAGGUGCUUGAUCUGAGAGGAAAGUUCAAACGCCCUCCGCUGCGGCGAGUCCGCGUCUCUGCUGAUGCUAUGCUGAGGGCUCUGCUGGGCUCCAAGCACAAGGUCUCCAUGGACCUGAGAGCCAACCUGAAGUCUGUCAAGAAGGAGGACACAGAGAAGGAGCGCCCCGUAGAAGUGGGCGACUGGCGCAAGAAUGUGGAGGCCAUGUCAGGGAUGGAGGGGAGAAAGAAGAUGUUCGAUGCUGCCAAGUCCCCAACCGGCCAGUGAAAGGACCAUGGGGACGAAGAGCCACCCCCCCCCGCUGCCUCCCUGUUCCUGGCUGUCCCUUGUGUGCUUUGCCUCUCACCCUGAAUUCACCACCGAGAUGAAACAUAUGGACGACUGUGUGGGAAGGAGAUCCAAGCUUCUUUCUGUCAGCUCUGCCACCAGCCCUGCUCCUGCACUGCCCCAGCACAGUGGCCCCCCGGUGUCACCUGAACAGGCCAGACUGUCUCCAGGAGGCCACCGUCCAGCUGUCCCCUCCUGCCACUGCACAGAGACCCCGGGGGCAGCUGCUGGUCCCCCCUCUUCCCCAUUCCCUGGCGGGUGCAGCCUGAGAUGUACCCGCGCGGCUGCAUGUGUAUUAAAGGACGGUGUCCCGGGCA